AUGAUCACCGAUAGAAUUCCUCCUGAGAUUGGGCAAUUGACGCAGCUAGGAGUACUUGCUCUUUCUUCGAACCAUCUAAUAGGAGAGAUUCCAAAGGAAUUUGGGAGGCUAACUUCUUUGUUCAACUUGACUUUAAAUGAUAACCAGCUUUUUGGUCAGGUACCCCAAGAGAUUGGAAAUCUAUCCAAUUUGGAGGUUCUUGACCUGUCAAUGAAUCACCUAAGUGGUCCAAUACCACCUAAAUUAGGAGAUUGCUUUAAACUCCGGUAUCUGAAAUUGAGCGAAAAUGUUUUGAAUGGAAGCAUUCCAUUUCAGAUCGGUAACCUGGAAUACCUACAGGUUUUAUUAGAUUUAAGUCAGAACUCCCUCAAUGGAGAGAUAUCACAACAACUUGCGAAAUUGAUCAGGCUGGAAAAGUUAAACCUCUCCCACAACAUGUUUUCAGGCUCCAUUCCGUCUUCUUUUGAAGAGAUGUUUAGCUUAAUCAUUAGUAUUUCUUCCAUUUAUUACCAAAGAAGAAGGAAUAUAAAGAAACAGGUUCUUGAAAGGAGCAGUGGAAAUUCGUUUUCAAUAUGGAAUUAUGAUGGGAUUGCCGUUUUUGAAGACAUUGUGGAGGCGACAUACAGUUUUGAUGACAAAUUCUGCAUCGAAACUGGAGGAUAUGGAAAAGUUUACAAAGCAAAUCUACCAACGGGCCAGGUAGUAGCUGUGACAAAACUUCACUCAUUUGAAGGUCUGGAUCAAUCUCAUCAAAGAAGUUUUAGAAAUGAGAUACAAGCAUUAACCAUAAUCUGUCAUCAUCGCAACAUUGUGAAGCUCUAUGGCUUUUAUUCCCAUGUUCGAUGCUCGUUUCUUGUCUACGAGUACAUGGAAAGGGGAACCUUGGCAAACAUCCUGAGCAAUGACGAUAGAGAUACGCAGUUGGGCUGGGCUCCAAGGGUGAAGGUUAUUAAAGGUGUGUCCCAUGCUAUUUCUUACCUGCACCAUGAUUGCACCCUACCAAUUGUCCAUCAAGACCUAUCAAGCAGCAAUGUUCUGUUGAAUUUGGAACUCGAGGCUUGUGUAUUUGAUUUUGGCACUGCACGAAUGUUGAUACCCGAUUUGUCUAAUUGGACUACACUCGCAGGCACUUAUGGAUACAUUGUUCCAGGUUAG